AUGGAAACUGGAACGGCCACUGAUGGAAGGCUCUGUGCAGCGGUUGAACAGAUUUAUGUGAAUUCAUCAUUGGUGCGAAAUUUGUACAUAUUCGAGCUAGCAGUGGCUUCCCUCGGCACAGUAGUCGCUGUUUUUAUGGCAGUGGUCAUUUACCGCGCUAAAAUACUCCACUUCAAUGCUCGUCUGCUGCUGAUCAUUUUCAGUUUCAAUUCUGCUGUUGCUGACAUCGGUGACUUUUUCUUUAAUCGAAUUGAGCUAUUCUACUGGAUCCAGAAAACGUAUUGCUUGUAG